GAUGAGUAAGAUCAAACGAGACUCGCUGCGAGAGUCCAUUGACAAUAUUUUGAAGUAUUCCACUGAGACGAAGAAGCGCAAGUUCACAGAAUCUGUGGAGCUGCAGAUUGCCUUGAAGAACUAUGAUCCCCAGAAGGACAAGCGAUUCGCUAACGACCUGCCCCACAUGAACAUUGAGGCCCUGAAGAAACUCAACAAGGACAAGAAGCUGGUGAAAAAGCUUCCCAAGAGGUACGAUGCUUUCCUGGCCUCUGAGUCCUUGAUCCGUCAGAUCCCAAGAGUUUUGGGGCCGGGUCUCAACAAGGCUGGAAAAUUCACUGCACCCAUUACCCACACUGGUGUGCUCAAUGCUAAAGUGGAGGAGGCCAAGGCGACUAUCAAGUUCCAGAUGAAGAAGGUGCUGUGUCUGGCUGUCUGUGUCGGACAUGUCAACAUGACCUCCGAGGAGCUGUACCAGAACAUCACACUGGCUAUCAACUUUUUGGUCUCUCUGUUGAAGGAGAACUGGCAGAACCUCCGGGCUCUCUACAUCAAGAGCACCAUGAGCCCCGCUGAGAAAAUAUUCUAG